GAGCGCAAAUAUUAGGAUGGGUAAAAAUAGAAUUUCCAAUACUGCGAUGUCCUGAAAUUGCAAAUAUAGAAACCUUCUAAGGAUAAAGCCAUUAACCAAUUGGGACACGAUAACAAAUAAACAAUGGCCUCCGCAAUGAAACCCAUGUCCUACCCCCCGCUAAUUCUUCUCUUAAUUUCUUGUGUCAAUGUUUUUUCAAUAGCAUCCAAAAUUGCAGACCCAACACCAGCUGCAUGGCCUCACCAAUUUCACUCAAUACUCUUCAUGAACAAUAGCGCCGGCAACCUCCAAGUGGUGGACCUCUGGUACGACUGGCCCAAUGGCCGCAACUUCAACAUAAUCCAGAAUCAGCUGGGAAAGCUCUUGUAUGACCUUGAAUGGGAUAAUGGCACUUCCUAUAUCUACACCUUGGACUCGAAUCAAGAAUGCAGAACACUGCGUUUCCCGGUGGGUGUUCUUCGACCUAACUGGCUUGAAGGCGCUAACUAUCUCGGUCAGCAACAAGUUGAUGGCUUCCUCUGCAACGUGUGGGAAAAGGUGGAUUUCAUUUGGUACUAUGAGGAUGUCAAAACUAAGAGACCAGUUUACUGGGCCUUCUAUACAGGGAUGGUUGCUCAUGUGAUGACUUUUGAGGUCGGAGCAGUGCUGGAGGAUAAAAAUUGGCAAGCUCCUGUUUAUUGUUUUAAGGAGGGUGUGGAGGAGAGGAGUCCUGUACUUGAAUCUGUGGCUGGUGGUGGAUCUUCUGGGGUGUUCACAUUGAUGAGAGGGGUGUUUGAUGGUUCUAUGGGACAGUGAUGGAAUUUUCAUCCUUUAUGAACUUCAAAUAAAAUUGCUGAUUUUAUGAGUAA